UUUAGUCACCAUUUAGUCACUCUCUAGACCUGUCCGCUCUCAUUGUCAGUCUUCUCUCAUGCAUAUAUUAAGUUCUUGUAAUAUGUCCGGUAUUCAUAGAGUUGAAUCUUGUGUUUAAAAGAUGCUCUACAGCCAAUGAAACGACUCGAACAUCAUUUGAAGAUAUAAACUUAAAACGAUCUUUAAAUACAAGAUCCGACUAUGAACGCCAGUUUAUUACGAAUUGGUCUGUGAGAUUAGAGUUGGAACAGUGGCGAUCAUGCAACUGACGUAUGGGUCUCUCAUUCAUGCCCACUGAGUAAUUACAACAUUGAAUUGAGAACAGUGACGAUAGAUAGUACGCUCAACUGCGCGUGCGCAAAAGCACGAUUCCGUCUUAUAACACUGAUUUAUACACAUACAUAUAUAUAUUUGUCUCAUUUAUGCCACGCUGGCAGUCGUCCGUUCUCUGCGUUAACUUUGCUGAGAGAGCUGCUGCUGUUUUGCUGUUUCCCAGUUUUCGCGUCGACACAUCUCCGGACGGCAGUGAAGUGAGGUCCAGAAAAUGUAAAACUGUCGGUGUGUGUACGAAGAGUGUCGAGAGUGCAAACCGAUUGUUGAUGAUUCGGUCGGCGCGCUCCGAGGUGGGGCAGCAACCACAAGUUCUGCGGCAGGUGCAGGCGGCGAGUCGGACGUGCGCUUGUCGAGAAAUUUCACAGUUACUUUCAUCGCCUCACGAUCUCCCAUCGGUGAAGUGACGAUCGCGCUCAUACCGAUUAAUUAGCGGCGAUUUUGUGUGGUUAUUAAUUAUCCGUUUAAUGGCAACCUAGUGAAAUUCGAACGGCCAGUCGCAAGUUUUAUGUCAGGCAGCGAUGUCGUCCGACAUGAACCUGUUUGAUCUGUUCAGCGACACGUUUCUCAAGGGAGAGAUUAAGGACGACUUGUUCGUCGACGAUAACUAUGGCGAUAUCGCCGCGGCGGAGGAAAGUCCGGCGGAGACGGAGGACUUGUUCGCCUCGAUCUUGAAGAUGGAGGAAGACACACAACUCGGGUUCAACCUGAUCGACAAGGAUCUGGAAACAAUUCAGUCCUCUUCGUCGGACAGCGGACUGUCCAGCGCGCUGAGCCUGUCCUACGAACAGCAACUGAGUCCGUUCUUGUCGAAGGUCAACGAAGAGGAGCACAUCGAAAUCAGCAACUCCGACCUGAGCAGUCCGCAGAAUUUCAUGGACUUCGAACCCGCGGCUAGUCCGUCCCUGGCCAGCGUGGACAGCCCCGUCAGAUCGGUCGUGAGCUCCAAUAUCGGUUCGCCGGCUACCGAUGUGACCGAGGAAAUAGAUUACGAACAGACUUUGGUCGCUGUUGUAACACCAAAUAACACCACGCCGAAUGGCAACACCGUUGUCGCCGAGCAACCGAUCGUCGACAUCAGUCCAGCACAUAAACAAACGACGACUUACGUUAUACCGCGAGAAAGCGCCGCUCGCAACUUGACCGGUAAUGGAAAGCGAAGUAUUCGACAAUUCGUACGCGUCACUCCAGUGGGUUCCGGUAAUCCACGCUCUAUCCUAUUGCCGAUAAGCCUCAAAGACGUGAAAGAAGUUCGCACUAUCAAACUCAUGACGACGCAAGCGAAGAAUUUUAAGAACUUGAAAAUGAAUCAGGCAAACAUUAUCAAUAAACCUAUUCAGAUGACCAUCAAAACGGAGGAGACCAACAGCGAGAAGAGUAGCAAUUCUAGCGACGAGGUUACGUCUGAGACAGACUCGCCGUAUCCGCGACUCAAGCUAAACGCCGAGGAGAAGCGGUUGUUGCAAAAGGAAGGCAUCACAUUGCCCAGUCAUUAUCCGUUGACGAAGCACGAGGAACGCGAAUUGAAGAGAAUCAGACGUAAGAUUCGCAACAAAAUAUCCGCUCAGGACUCUCGCAAGAGGAAAAAGGAGUACGUGGACGGAUUGGAGGAUCGCGUGAAGCAGUGCACGCAAGAGAACGUGACUCUGUUGAAUCAAAUCGAAGCCUUACAGACGCAAAAUAAAAGUCUGACCAAUCAGUUGAAGAGACUUCAAACUCUUCUGCAAAAGGGCAACAAGAGCGCGCAGCCGGCAACUUGUCUGGUGGUGUUGCUGCUCUCAUUGGUUCUCGUUGCUUUGCCAAACGGUCUGCAGCCGCACUCCAACAACAACAGCGAUCUGACGCAAGAGCAAGAACCUGAACAAACGUCACUAGCAGGCCGUUCGAGAACUUUGCUGCACACAAAACAGCUAAUAGACGAAGAACUACAGCAAUACGGCGAAGAGUUGUUGCAAGAAGUUGGAGGCUUGUUGGAUCACGAUUACAGCCCGGUUGUACAGAUGCCUCUCUACAAACGUCCACGUCUUGACAACGAAGCUCCAUCCAAGUACGCUUCCUCCAUGAAUCACGUUGGAGGAACACUCGGCUUAAAACCGGACCUUGCCGUCUCGAAGACAAAGGGACAAUACAUGGAGCCGCCGCUUGACGACGUAUGGCCACCGCCGAAUCCAGGCGGGCAGAAAACAACGAGAGUAGUGGAUAAACUCGAAGCUCUUACUAACGAGCUUAAAAUCAACAUCUCCGACGUCGAAGGCACCAGAACAGUUUUUGUUAAGAUGCCUCACGACAAGUAAAGCGAAACACUUUUUUUUUUUUUUUUUUUUUUCUUGUCAAUCGUGAGGAGCACUAUGUUGGGAAAUUCAUGGAGAAUUUCAAGUAAAACUCGUUAAGUGAGAUUGUAACAAACCAAACGGGAGAACGAUUUUUAACCCUUCUCUGGGCAUUCUGAUGCGUGCACUGAUAUAUUCGAUUGUUCUAACUUCAAAGCAAAGUUUUAUAUCCGAGACAAUGAUUGUAAACGGGAUUUGCAUUAAUGAAAGAAAGAGAAUAUAUAUAACAGUUAUUUGUAUGACCAUUUGUGUGACCAUUGAGUAAAGAAUGUUUACGUCUGAUUCAUGGAUCUAGCGUUCGCUGUAUUCUUUAAAAAAACGUUGGAAGUGUAUAUUUAGUAUUUUCUCAACGUAGCCACGAUACUUAUAUACGUAUAUAUAAAUUGAUUUUAAAUAAAAUAACUGUGUUUUUAGGAGAGAGAAUGCUUUGUUGCAGAAUGUUUCUCGCACUUGCAAUCAUUUUUUGUAAGAUUAUUUUAUGUAAAAUUAUUCUACAAGAGAAACAGAAAGUAAAUUUAUUCUUCUCUCAUCUGUAUAUUCGUUAAUUGAACUUUUUGUGUGAUAUUUUUGUUUAAAAAACUAUUAUUUGAAAUAAAUAUGCGUACACUUGUUA